CUUAAACGCUUAAUUAUUUUUCAUUUUCUCUUUGCUAUAUAUCGCAAGAUCUCUCUCUAUCUCUCUCUUCACGAACUGUUCUUCGUCCCCUCCUUCAUUCUUAUUCUGUGUGUGUUUUAUUACUUCUGAAGCCAUUAGAUUUGGUUUCUCAAAAGAUGUCACAUUACAGAAGACAUUCACUAGAACCUUCCAUUGACUCCAUCACCAGUAGAUUCCGUGAUUCUUUAAACUUACACAAAGACGAUGAUGACGUCAUCAACAAACCGGACUUCCGAGAACUCGAUUUCGGCUCCCCUAAAUCUCCGUUGAAGCCACGUGUCUCCUCCUCCUCCGCCUCCGCCGCUGCGACUCCGGCGGUUAGUGGCAGCAGCUCCAGCUCCUCCGGCUCUGUCUCCGGCAAACCUUCCGUCACUUCUCAUCUAGCUAACCGGAGCCACUCCGGCGAGCUGACGGAGACACCCGGAUCCGGAACCAAGACCCGGAAUCCGAAACCGGGUCACAGAAGAUCCGCAUCCGCCGGAACGCCGUUGAUAUACUCCGGUUUAGCCUUCUCUCCGGCGAAAAACCGCGGCGGAGGAAGCGGCGCGACGUCGCCGACCGCCGGCGUUGUACCGACCGGGAACAUAUGUCCGUCGGGAAAGAUUCCGAAGACCGGAAUGGCCUCACGCGCCUCCGUUAAACCGGAGAGUCUCUUCACAGGGACGGGUAACUACGGCCACGGGAACAUAGUACGCGGCGGCGGCAAGGCUAACCACUCGGCGAAGCAGCCGGAGACGCGUGAUCCGGAGGAGGUGAAGAAGGCCGGUAACGAUAUGUAUAAGAAAGGGAACUUCUCUGAGGCGUUGGCUCUUUACGACAAAGCGAUCUCAAUGUCGCCGGAGAAUCCAGCUUACAGAAGCAACCGCGCGGCGGCGUUGGCUGCGUCAGGGAGGUUGAGAGAAGCUGUUAAAGAGUGUCUUGAAGCUGUGAGAUUGGAUCCUUCUUACGUUAGAGCUCACCAGAGACUCGCUUCUCUCUAUCUCAGAUUAGGAGAAGCUGAGAAUGCAAGACGACAUCUUUGUUUCUCCGGGCAAUGUCCCGACAAAACUGAGUUGCAGCGGGUCCAGACGCUUGAGAAGCAUCUCAGGUUGUGUAGUGAGGCUCGAAAGAACAGUGAGUGGAAGAAAGUGAUUACUGAAGUUGAUGCAGCCAUUGCAAAUGGAGCUGAUUCUUCUCCUCAGCUUGUAGCUUGUAAAGCUGAAGCCUUGUUGAGGCUUCAUCAGAUAAAGGAUUCAGAUUUAUGUCUAUCCACCAUUCAGAGAUUAGAUCAUCUUCAUCAUCAUUAUCAUACUCAAGCUAAGCUUUUUGGUAUGUUAUGUGAUGCUUAUGUGCUCUGUGUUCAAGCUCAAGUUGAUAUGGCGUUAGGAAGAUUUGAGAAUGCUAUUGUAAAGGCAGAGAGAGCUUUAAAGAUUGAUCAUAGCAACAGCAACAACCCUGAGGUUGUGGCGGUUAUCAACAAUGUAACCAGUGUGGCUAAAGCUCGUACACGUGGCAACGAGCUUUUCACCUCCGGGAGAUACUCAGAAGCGAGUGUGGCUUACGGAGAAGGACUCAAGUUCGAUGCUUUCAACUCGGUUCUGUAUUGUAAUAGAGCAGCGUGUUGGUUUAAGCUAGGAAUGUGGGACCAGUCUGUUGAUGAUUGUAAUCAAGCGUUGAGGAUCCAGCCUGGUUACACUAAGGCUCUUCUACGAAGAGCUGCUUCUUAUGGAAAGCUUGGUCGAUGGGAUGAUGCGGUUAGAGAUUAUGAGGUGUUGAGAAAGGAACUUCCAGGAGAUAGUGAGGUUGCUGAGUCUUUGGAGAGAGCAAAGACUGCUUUAUUGAACAAAUCUGAAGAACAUAAGUACUUGGGGUUUAAUAAUGAAGUUGAAGAGGUUUCGAGUUUAGAUAAGUUCAAAACCGCGACAUCACUUCCCGGAAUCUCUGUGUUUUACUUCAAAUCAUCAUCAAACCGACAAAGCGAAGCGAUAUCUCCAUUCAUCAACACCUUGUGCUUGCGGUAUUCAUUAGUACAUUUCUUCAUGGUGGAUGUGGAUGAGAGCUUGGCAUUGGCGAAAGCAGAGAGCAUCAAGAAAGUUCCAACCUUUAAAAUAUAUAAAGAUGGAUUGAAAAUGAAGGAAAUGGUGUGCCCUAGUCACAAGUUACUUGAAGACAACGUUAAGCAUUUCCUUUUAUAACACUUCUAUUCUUAAAUUGAUUCAUGAAACGUAAAUUGAUUCAAAAGAGCCA